AUGCUACUCGCCUUCCGACUAGUUCCUCUUUCCCUCGAUGGUCUUUCCUCUACUCGGGCUACACGAAUGGGCAGGCGUCGCUUGAGUUUUCUUUUUUGGGACGACAUCACCACCUCACACCACACAUCAGACGAGCUUUUCAAAGCCGACCACACUGUGUCUCAAGCCUGCACCACGCCACACACACAUACGUAG